AUGCUUCCGGCGGACCGGGCCGAGUUCCGGAACAUUCCGUUGGAGGACAUUGUUGACAGUACCUACUGCAACACUGCCCGGCAUGUUCACGAGCUCGACACCCUGGUGUUCAUCGCCCAGGGGUGUCAGGAAGAGACCCGGCGGGUCAGCCGGGAGUUGGAACCGGCCAAGAAGAGAGUCGCCGAGCUGGAGGCGGCGUUGGCCGAGGCCGAGGCUCGGCGAGAGGCCACCGAGGCCGAGCGCCUUGCUAUGGCGGAGGCGCUUGAGGAGGAAAGGGCUGCUCACGCCCUGACCAGGUCGGCCUUGCACGGUUCAGAGGCGCGCUUGGGGGAGGUCCAGUCCGAGGUCGCGGGCCUCAAAUACAAGGACGGGGUUUCUCGCCUCCGAAUCGAGCAGCUUGAGGCCCGAGAGAGGAGGAUGGCCCGGUACUGUCCCCAGUACGACCUUUCGACGGUCCGUCCGAGGAUGAACCUAGGCUACGGGUCCGACACGGAAGACCUUCCUACCAUUUUGACAUCCGAGGCAGGAUUGUACGAACAAGACCCCGCCGAGCCUUCGACGAGGGCGGCCGAGACGGACGGCGUCCCGGAGGCGGCACCGGCGGCUGAGACGGACGACGUCCCGGAGGCGGCACCCGAGGCCCCUGCCCCCGAUCCCGAGCCUGUGCCGGCUGAAGAUCCCGAGGUCAUCACAGUGCCAGACGAUCCCCCGGAUGUAGCUGCCGCCGCUUAA